AAAGAUCAGUUGAUUGGAAACCUUGUGUUACUUCGUUCCCUUGCUUCCAGAAAGAGUGAAAGUAAAGAACACCGACACAAUGAAAUAUUUUGUGGCUUUGUUGGUCAUUGUUGCCUGUGUAUCCGCUGAGGAAUGGAAACCCAAGACCGCCGAUGAGAUCAAAACUCUUCGUGCUGCCUGCUUACAGGAACAUCCUCUCUCCGAGGAACAAAUGAAUCGCAUGAAGGUAUUCGACUUCCCCGAUGAGGAAGCAGUACGCAAAUAUCUUAUGUGCACCUCCGAGAAAAUGGAUGUCUACUGCCCCCAUGAAGGCUAUCAUGCCGAUCGCAUUGCCAAACAAUUCAAAAUGGACAUGGUCGAGGAUGAUGUAAAAAAAUUGGCCGAAGACUGUAUUAGCAGUAACCCCAAGGGCGAUAAGGCCAACGAUGUUCAUGUCUAUGAGGUCCAUAAGUGCCUGAUGGCCAGUGAAGUUGGUCAGAAAGUCAAGUCAUACAUAAAGUCGCGUCAAGAACAAUUGGCUAAGCAAGCUUAAAAGAACAAAAUAUGUAAAAAAUUAAUAAAAAAAAUCUUAAAGACUCACAGAACAGAAAAUAAAUCAUAUUAUCAAUAUUUUAUAUACUUAAUCAAUUAAAUAUGACUCUUUGUAGCAUUAAGGCUUUACAACAUGGGUCAUCGAUUACCGAUAUGAGAUAUGGGCACUUUGAAUUGCUUUCCAACUCUAAACCAAUGAAAGACUUAGAAAAAUGGCAAAUUUUUGUUUCUUUUGUAGAGCAUUUAUAAAAAUUAAGAAUCCUGAAGUUAAACCUUGUGUCCUUGGAGGGAAAACUCAUAGUGGCCAUUUUUCAAAAAUUAAAAAACUUCCCAAGUUGUUACUAAACAAUUUUAGUAAUUUUUAAGAUGCACACAGUCUAAUUUUAUCGCUGGCUUAAAUGUAACUUCACCAUAAGUUUAUACUGGGUAAUAAACAUUAUGCAAACUUAA